CUGUAACGAUCUAUGUCUUGGAAGGAACACCUCCAGCACGCAUUUACCAAGUCAAAGCAGCUGAUCCUGAAAAUGCUAAACUCAAAUAUUCACUGCUGCCCGCAUCAGUGCCAUUCUCGGUCUUCGAGAAUGGAACCAUUUUUUCCAGGAAAGAAUUUGAUUAUGAGAAAGAUCCACAUUGUUACUUUUUAAAUAUAACAGUGACAGAUCCAGAUGGACUGAACUCGACUAGAACAGUGAAUAUCAAGAUAAUUAACAUCAAUGAUGAAAGACCUUACUUUAUCACAAAACAAAGAAUCUACAGGAUUCCAGAGGAACAAAGCCUACACACUGUUGUUGCCAAUGUAUCAGCUAAAGAUCCUGACGAUGAAGGCUCUCCCAGCAGACUUUUCUACAGCAUCCAGUCUUCUCACAGAUAUUUCUCCAUAAACUCAUUGACUGGAGUGCUGCAGGUGACUGGAAGAAUUGACCGAGAUGCCCUUCCACUGCAGCUCCAUCCUAACAUCUCACUGAUAGUCCGGGUGGAGGACAGUCCCAGCGGUGGUCAUGACAACGAACUGGAAAUCACAAUCAUUAUUGAUGAUAUCAAUGACAACCCACCAGAAUGCAAUCCUUCUACCUUCAGGAAAGAGGCAAAUGAAAAUACAGCUGCUGGGACAUUUCUUCUUGAGCUUAGAAAUUACUGUAAAGAUAUCGAUGUUGAUCCAUCAAACAAUCGAUUUAAUUUCACUGGAUUAUCUGGUUUUGGAAGCAAUAACUUUGCUCUGGAGUCCACUCUGUCUGGGAGACUUGUGAUGACUGAAAGUAUUGAUCUAGAAAACCGAGCUAAUCUAGGAGUUGAAGUUUAUGCAUUGACUGUCAGGGUGCAAGAUAUUGCCUCUCCUAACUACUCAAAUAUCAUCUACAUUUACAUCAGGAUAAAGCCGGUGAAUGAAUUUUUUCCAGUCUUCAGUAAUUUAUCAUAUGUAUUUAAUGUUCCAGAAAUUGCUAAAGGUACUAGUCACAGAAAAAUUGAAGGGGUAAAGGACCUAUGGGAAUCUCCAGCCCAACUCAUGCUCAGAGUGAGUUGGGUCCACCAUCGAAGAGUGAAUGCCAGAGACAAGGACCGGCCACCCAGUGUCAUCACUUAUUCCAUUAUAGCUGGAGGAGGCACCAGGAAUUAUGCAAAUAUCUUCUGGAUCAGCCCAACCAAAGGACAUCUGAAGAUUUUAGCUAGAUUAGACUAUGAAACAGCACAGAAACACAUUCUCACAGUACAGGCCUCAGAUCAAGAGAAGACUGCAACCGCAUCUGUAACUGUCAAUGUUUUGGAAGUAAAUGAUGAAGAACCAGUUUGUUUACCCAAUUUCUAUUCAUUUCAAAUCCCAGUCAGCUUAUCUGUGGGGACCAAUAUUAAUGGCUUCAGGAUUGAAUGCCAAGAUCGUGAUUCUGAGCCCAGGUCUUUCCGUUACUUCAUUAAUGAAGGCAACGUGAACAAUCAUUUCACCUUUUCACCAAGUGCUGGCUCCAACACAUCACGGCUGAUUCUUAAAUCAAGGUUUGACUAUGAAAGUGGACUGGACACAAACUGGAUUUACAGACUGCGUGUCUAUAUAACAGAUGACAAUCUAUUAUCUGCCAGGGACAAAACUACACGCCUAGUUAAAACUGGAACAGUGACUUUAAGCAUCAGAGUUAUCCCAAACCCAACUACUGUCGUUACCACAACACCUGGCUUCACUCUCGUGACAAAAAGGGAAAACCUCUACUCCGGGUCGGCGUGGUACGUGCCGUUCGUCAUCACCCUCGGCAGCUUGCUGCUCCUCGGACUGCUGGGCUACCUGGGGCUCCUGCUGGCGACCUGGCUCCGCACCCGCUGCUCUCCGGCACGCAGGGCACACAGCACACCUCCGAUAAAUGCUCCAGAAAAGAAGAAACCUAAGAAAGAUGUGGUUGUGACAAUGACAAAGCUAAACACUGUCUUUGACGGUGAAGCCAGAGACCCAGUUACUGGCAGAAUGUAUGAAUUCAAUACACAGUCGGGGGCCCGGAGGUGGAAGAAGAGCAAUGAGCCUCUUCAGCCAGAGCCAGCCCUGCAGGUAACAUCCAGUGCCAAGGAUGACAGUGGCCAAGGGACAGGCAGAGCAGAGGCACCCAGCAAAAAGGAGCCUUCAGAGAACAGGAAAAAGCUGACAGCAGAGACAAAACCAGCUUCCAAGCUCACAGAAGGGCAAUGA